GCUUUAACCUCAGCCUUCUCUAGAGGGGCCGUAGCUUGUGCUGCUGGGGAGCCCCCGGGGUAGCGGCGCGCUGAAGGUGGAGACUUGUGGGGGGCUCGCGCGGCGCUUCCGGCGUUCUGAGACCCCUCAGGGGGAGAGCGGGUUGGUCAACCAAAAUGUUACCUCAGUGUCUGUGCCAGGUUUACCAAUGUUUGUUUCUGCGCAACAUAAAACUGAGCUCAAUAAAUGUGGCUGCUUUGGCCAGAUGGAUCCAAUCUUCAACAAAAAAUCUUUCUGACUGUGAGUUAAACAAACAAACUGUCCAGAAAUGUGAAACUGAGGAGUUACCUGAAAGUACAGAAAACAGUAACUUUGGAAGAUUGCACAUACCAGUGAUGCUGGAGGAGGUGGUUAAUUGUUUAUCCCCUGAGCCAGGCCAGGUUUUCCUUGAUAUGACAUUUGGAGCUGGAGGUCACACCAGAGCUCUGUUGGAGAAAGCCAAGGACAUCACUGUGUAUGCACUGGACAGGGACCCCACAGCUUAUAAAAUAGCUCAGCAGCUUUCAGAGUCAUAUCCGAAACAAAUUCGAGCUCUUCUAGGAAAGUUUAGCCAGUCAGAGAAUUUGUUAAUCUCCUCUGGAGUUGAGCCAGGGACUCUGGAUGGAGUUCUCUUCGAUGUUGGCUGCUCUUCUAUGCAAUUUGAUACACCUGAAAGAGGUUUUUCCCUGCAGAAGGAUGGACCUUUGGACAUGAGGAUGGAUAAUGACAGGUGCCCUGAGAUGCCCACAGCUGCUGAUGUGCUGAAUGCUUUGGAUCCUCGGGCGCUUGCGUCCAUCCUGAGGACGUACGGGGAGGAGAAGCACGCCAGGAAAAUCGCCUCAGCCAUCGUGCAGGCACGCAGCAUCUACCCCAUCACCAGAACUCAGCAGCUUGCAAGCAUUGUUGCAGGUGCUUUUCCAGGAUCCUCACCGUAUGCACGAAAAGAUUUGCUUCAGAGACCUGCACACAUUGCUACCAAAACUUUUCAAGCCCUGCGAAUCUUUGUAAACGAUGAGCUCCAUGAACUCCUCAGAGGGCUGCAGAUAGCUGAGAAAUUCCUAAAACCUGGAGGUCGCCUUGUAGCCCUCUCCUUUCAUUCCCUAGAAGAUCGGAUCAUCAAACGUUUCCUUCAUGGAAUAGACAUGUCAGAAAAGCACAAUCUUAGCUUAAGGCAGAAGAUAAGAUGGGGUAGGAAAAAUCCCUCCAAAGAAGAUCCGCAAGAAUUUUCCUCUGCCAAACCCGACUCCAAGUGGAUUCUUAUGCAGAAAAAAGUUCUCACCCCCCAGGCCAAGGAUGUUCAAACAAACCCAAGAGGAAGAUCAGCCAAGUUAAGAGCUGCUAUUAAAUGCUAAAAUAACAUGUGUUUGUGUAGCUGUAUCAUUGCCUUCGUUUGGUUUCUGGGAAGGCAAACUGGGCAGAUACCAUCAAACUGAAAAAAUAAAAUGAGAGCUGUUAAAAAA